AUGGCCUUUCUCUUUCGGUCCAGCUCCGUCGACAAUUCCAAGAUGGACGCUGCUGCUGUGUCUCAUCAGAUUCGCACGCCUGAAGAGGCUGUGUCGAGAAUCGCUUACCUCUCCAGCGAUGUCAUCAUCUCGGUUCAGCCUUCCCUGGCUACCGACUCUCCCUUCUCCUCUCACCUGAAGCGUUAUGCUUCUCGUAAGGACCACAGCCUCGUCGCCAGUCGAGCCGAUGCCGUCCCCGAGAUCCUCUCCGUCAGGCACAAUGCCGACCCUCUCCUCUCCGUCUUUGACCCCAUUCGCUCGGGCAGCCUCGUCUCAGUCACCACCAACUCGUCCAUCCUGCUCGCCUCGGUCCCUCACCUCUACAAGCUCGCCCACUACCCCGUCGUCCUCCACGUCUCGCUCGAGCCCCGCAACUUUGCGGACUACUCGGUAAUCACCUCCAUUCGCAACUCGGGAUGCACCUUUCUGCACUCCGAGUCCCUCCAGGAGGCACAGGACAUGGCCCUGACGGCUCACGCCCUCGCUAUCCGCACCGGCAAGGCUGUCAUCCACUUCUUCGCCCCGGCCACCUCGGCCGACGACAAACCCAUCGACACCGAGGACCCCACCGUUGUCCGUGACAUCCUCGACCUGCAUAUCGUCAGGAGGUUCCAAGCUGCCCGCAUCGCCGCCGACGGUAUCUACGCUGACGAUGGCCACGUCGCCACUGCCUGGCACAACGUCCCCGAGGCCGGCGCUGCCGUCGCUGCUGGCACCGCCACUUCCGACAACGAGUCUGCUGCUCGCGUCGCUUCUGCUCCGCCUGCUCCUACCGACAAGGCCGUCAGCGGCAGCGAUACGGCUUCCUCCAAGGACACGUCGGCCAAGACGAGCACUGCUAGCGAGUCGGGCGACUCCGUCUCUGUCGCCACCACCGUCGAGACGAACCUCACCUCCCAGAUCACCUCGGCCGACAUCUUUGACGCCGCCGCGUCCAUCUGGAAGCAGCUGCAGGCCGCCGUCGACCGCUCCUACAGUGCCUUUGAGUAUACAGGCCCCGCCAACGCUGCCAACGCUCUCCUCAUCUUUGGCUCCGACGCCGGUUCCUUUGCCCAGGUCAUCGACGCCGCCAAGCCUGAAGACGUCUUCUAUCACGCCGCUAUCAUCACCCCGCGCUUGUACAGGCCCUGGAUUGGCUCCAGGCUGGUCGAGGCCAUCCCCGCCUCGGUCAAGAGGAUCGCUGUCCUCGAGCAGAUUCACCGUAAGACGACGCGCUGGGGUCCCACCCUCAUCGAUGUCCUCACCUCGCUCAAGAGCGGCCCCGGCGGCGUCGAGCACAUCGUCGGCUACCAGGUCGGAUACGUCGACCCCACCGUCACCGUCCAGGCCAUCCGCGGCGUCAUCCAGAACCUGACGUUGCCCAAGCCCAUCCAGAACCUCGAGGUCGGCGUCCGUAACGCUCCCGAGGUCCUGACCGAGAAGGACGACGAGGCCCCCAAAGUCGAGUCGGCCUACACCAAGAUCCUGGACCAGCUGUUUGGCGAGAGGACCCACAUUGUCAACGCCGUCAAGUCGACCCACGCCGGCAUCUCGUCGGCGGUCGUCGCCAGGCCCGAGUUCGGCUUCGGUUCCCUGCUGGCCCGCAAGGAGCUCCGCGAGCGCUUUGUCGCCGAGGCCAAGGCCGCUGCCAGCAGCAACGACUUCAUCACCGAUGGUCCCCGCAACUGGCUAGCCCGCUGGGCCCUGAGCGCCUCGGACGCGGCCAAGUCAUCUGAGCUUGCCGAUGACGUCGUCGCUCGCCUCGAGACGGACGGCUCAGCCCUGUCUAGGAAGCUGCUAGCCAACAAGGCCCUGUUCCGUAAGGAGUCCAUGUGGCUGAUAGGCUCCGACGCCUGGGCCUACGACCUGGGCAACUCCGGUGUUCACCACGUCCUGGCCUCGGGCGAGAAUGUCAACAUGCUCAUCAUCGACUCGACCCCCUACUCGGCCAAGGCCGCCGCCGACGCCCAGCGCCGCAAGAAGGACAUUGGCCUGUACGCCAUGAACUUUGGCAACGCCUACGUCGCCUCCACCGCCGUCUACAGCUCCUACACCCAGGUCCUCCAGGCCAUGCUCGAGGCUGACCGCUUCGACGGCCCUUCGGUCGUCCUGGCCUACCUACCCUACUUUGGCGAGACCGACUCGGCCCUGACCGUCCUCCAGGAGACCAAGAGGGCCGUCGACGCCGGCUACUGGCCCCUGUACCGCUGGAAUCCUCAGAACGAGACCAAGGGCGAGCCCAACUUCUCCCUUGACUCGGAGCUCAUCAAGCAAGAGCUCAAGAAAUUCCUCGAUCGCGACAACCAGCUGACCCAGCUGAUGAAGAAGGAGCCCAAAUUCGCCUCCAGCCUCGCCAAGGACUUUGGCACCGAGGUUCGUGCCCAACAGAAGCGCAAGGCCAAGGAUGCCUACAACCAACUGCUCGAGGGCCUCCUGGGCGCCCCCCUCACCGUCCUCUUUGCCUCGGACAACGGCAAUGCCACCACCAUUGCCAAGCGCCUGGCCAACCGCGGCCGCGCCCGUGGCCUCAAGACGUCCGUCAUGGCCAUGGAGGACUACCCCCUCGAGGACCUGCCGUCCGAGGAGAACAUUGUCUUCAUCACGUCCACGGCCGGUCAGGGCGAGUUCCCCCAGAAUGGUCUCGCCUUCUGGGAGGCCAUCAAGGAGACGACCGACAUGGACCUCGCCACGGUCAACUUCUCCGUCUUCGGCCUGGGCGACAGCCACUAUUGGCCCCGCAAGGAGGACAAGAUCUUCUACAACAAGCCCGCCAAGGACCUGGACCGCGUCCUGACCAACCUGGGCGCCAGGCACCUGGCAGACACGGGCCUGGGAGACGACCAGGACCCCGACGGCUUCCAGACCGGCUACUCGGAGUGGGAGCCCAAGAUCUGGACCGCCCUGGGCGUGGACAAUGUCGAGGGCCUCGCCGACGAGCCGCCGCCCAUCACCAACGAGGACAUCAAGCUCGCGUCCAACUUCCUUCGCGGUACCAUUGUCGAAGGUCUCAAUGACCCCACGACGGGCGCCAUCUCAGCCGCGGACCAGCAGCUGACCAAGUUCCACGGCACAUACAUGCAGGAUGACCGUGACGUGCGCGACGAGCGCAAGGCGCAGGGUCUCGAGCCCGCCUACUCCUUCAUGAUUCGCUGUCGACUCCCCAGCGGUAUCUCGACGCCCAAGCAGUGGAUCCAGAUGGAUGACAUCAGCAUGGAGCUGGGCAACGAGACGAUGAAGCUGACGACGCGCCAGACGUUCCAGUUCCACGGCAUCGUCAAGGGCAAGCUCAAGCCGGCCAUGCAGGCCAUCAACCGGUCUUUGAUGACGACCAUCGCCGCCUGCGGCGACGUCAACCGCAACGUCAUGUGCAGCUCGCUACCCACGCAGUCCAAGUUCCACCGCGAGGUGCACGCCGUGUCGCAGAAGAUCAGCGACCACCUGCUGCCGUCUACGACGGCCUACCACGAGAUCUGGUUGACGGACGACAACGACAAGAAGAUGCAGGUGGCGGGAGACGCCGUUCAAGACUUUGAGCCGCUGUACGGUCCCACGUACCUGCCUCGCAAGUUCAAGAUCACUAUCGCCGUGCCGCCGCACAACGACACGGACGUGUAUGCGCACGAUGUCGGUCUCAUCGCCAUAAAGGGAAAGGACGGCGGCCUUGAGGGCUUCAACGUCCUUGCCGGCGGCGGCAUGGGCACAACGCACAACAACAAGAAGACGUACCCGCAGACAGGCCGGAUGUUCGGUUUCUGCCCCACGGACAAGGUGCACAUUGCGUGCGAGAAGAUCAUGCUGGUGCAGCGCGACUACGGCGACCGUAAGAACCGCAAGCAUGCGCGUCUCAAGUACACCAUUGACGACAUGACGGUGCCCGUGUUCCGGGCCAAGGUGGAGGAGCUGUGGGGUGACAAAUUCCAGCCGGAGCGUCCGUUUGAGUUCAAGAGCAACGUCGACACCUUUGGGUGGCAAAAGGACGAGUUCGGGCUGAACCACUUCACAUUUUUCAUCGAGAACGGCCGCAUCGAGGACACGCCUGAGUUCCGGAUGAAGACUGGGCUGCGCGAGAUCGCCAAGGUGCUGAAGGGCGAGUUCCGCCUGACGGGUAACCAGCAUCUGAUGAUGAGCAACGUGGCCGACGAGGACCUGCCGCAGAUCAAGGAGCUGAUGAAGCACUACAAGCUGGACAACCUGCACUUCUCGGGCCUGCGCCUCAGCUCGUCUGCCUGCGUGGCCUUCCCCACCUGCGGCCUCGCCAUGGCCGAGUCGGAGCGCUACCUGCCGGUGCUCAUCUCCAAGCUGGAGGGCUGCCUCGAGGACGUAGGCCUCCGCCAGGACUCCAUCGUCAUGCGCAUGACAGGCUGCCCCAACGGCUGCGCCCGCCCCUGGCUCGCUGAGGUGGCUUUUGUCGGAAAGGCUUACGGCGCCUACAACAUGUACCUCGGCGGCGGCUACCACGGCCAGCGCCUCAACAAGCUCUACCGUCAGAGCAUCAAGGAGGACGAGAUUCUCGCCAUCAUGAAGCCCCUUCUCAAGAGGUAUGCUCUCGAGCGCCAGGAUGGUGAGCGUUUCGGUGAUUUCUGCAUUCGCUCUGGUAUCAUCACUGCUACUACCGACGGCCAAAACUUUCAUGACAAUAUCCCCGAGGACGACGAGGAAGAGGAAUAG